GGAGAGAGAGAGAUCUCAAGCAGGCUCCAUGCACAGCACAGAGCCUGACGUGGGGCUUGGUCUCACAACCCUGGGAUCAUGACCUGAACUGAAAUCAAGAGUCGGAUGCUCAACCAACUGAACCAUCCAGGCUCCCCUCAUCCUCCUUCUUUUUUUUAAUUUCCUUUUUUUUUUUUUUUAAAUUUGAGAGAGAGAGCGAGAGCAGGGGAGAGGGGUAGAGGGAGAGAGAGUCUCAAGAAGGCUCCAUGCCCAGUGAGGAGCCCAACACGGGGCUCGAUCCCGCAACCCUGGGAUCAUGAUACCCAUUUAUUUAUUUAUUUAUUUAUUAAAAAAAAAAUUUUUUUUUAACGUUUAUUUAUUUUUGAGACAGAGAGAGACAGAACAUGAAUGGGGGAAGGGCAGAAAGAGAGGGAGACACAGAAUCGGAAGCAGGCUCCAGGCUCUGAGCCAUCAGCCCAGAGCCCGACGCGGGGCUCGAACUCACAGACCGCGAGAUCAUGACCUGAGCUGAAGUCGGACGCUUAACCGACUGAGCCACCCAGACGCCCCGAUACCCAUUUAUUUAAAGGGAAGAUUCUCAGAUUUACUCCAGACCCAGAGAGUUCCUGAGAAAUCUGAAUUUUUAGCACAUGCUUUAGGUGGUUCUUUACAUCGGGUGUGUGGGAAGCUAUGCCAAUGUCAGUGGAGACCAUCUGCAGACAUAGGGGUCUGGGAAAUAAUUCUUUAGAUCUGUCACAGAAUCUUAUGUUGUUUCUUGGCUACACUGGUCACUUACGAUUUUAAAAACUGUGAGACCCAGGGUGCCUGGGUGGCCCGAUCAGUUGUGUGUUUAACUCUUGAUUUUGACUCAGGUCAUGAUCCCAGGGUGGUGGGAUCGAGUCCUGCAUUGGGCUUCAUGCUCAGCAGGGAGCCUGCUGAAGAUUCUAAAAAACAAAAUAAACCCGUGAGGCCUGUUUCUUUUUUAAAAGGCUUGGGUUCACGUGUGUGUCCUUAAGUUAAAGAGUGUACUUUUGUAACGACUCUAGAAGUAGGUAGAACACCACACAGUGCACGGGCAUGGAGUUUCUGCUUGAGGCCUGUUUUGCGCCCCGUAUGGCUAUGUGGUUUGGGCACGUCCUGGGACCCACAUCUGUGAGCCCGUCAACCCAGAUGGCCCAUCUGGCAAGUGGGGACAGCCACACUGACCAGAGCCAUUGUGAAGAGUACAAGGAGCGUGAAUAAAGGACAGUUGACCCUUGAACAUCAUAGAGGUUUGGGAUGCCGACCCCCUCCCUGCCGCACGAUAAAAAAAAAAAUCUGCGUAGAACUUUUGGCUCCUCCAAAACUUAACUACUAGAAUAGCCUACCAUUGACUGGUAGCUUUAUCAAUAACAUAAACAGUCGAUUAAGGUGUUCUUACAAUACAGUAAGCUGGAGAAAAGAAAAGGUUAUUAAGAAAAUCAUUAGAGAAAAUAGAUUCACAGCACUGGAUUGUAUUUAUCGAGAAGAAAAUCCACGUGUAAGUGGACCCAUGCAGUUCAAAACCAUGUGGUCCAAGGGUCAACUGUAAAAGCUUUUUGUAAACAGUGAUGUACUGGGCCAGUGCUUAAUUUUAUCUUCUCAGAGAUAGUGUAGUUCUUUCUACAAAUCCCUUUCAUGGGGCACCUGCGUAGCUUAGUCGGUUGAGAGUCCGACUUGGGCUCAGGUCAUGAUCUCUCAGUCUGUGAGUUUAAGCCCCACGUUGGGCUCUGUGCCUACAGCUCAGAGCCUGGAGCCUGCUUGGGACUCUGUCUCCCUGUUUCCCUGUCCCUCCCUCACUCACGCACACUCACUGUCUCUCAAAGAUAAACAUAAAAAAAAAAAAAAAUCCCUUUCAGAAGGUGAGUGGCAUUUUGAACAAGGGUAUAGUAUCUUGACCAUCCGUUUCUUGCUGUACUUUCUUUUGUGACUGUGCACCCUCUCUCCUCACUGAGCAGCAUUACAGAUGUGAAUGUCCGGGCAGGAGGUGGUCUCACUCAUGCUGAUCUCAUCAUGGGGAAACCAGUGGAUGGCUGAGGAAGCCUUUCUCUGGGCUUCUUACUCCAUAGUGAAAAGUCCGUGGCAAUACACGGGGGCGGUCACAUGUGCUCUACUGCUCGGCUUCAUUGCAGUGACCUCUAAAAUGCCACUCCAAGGUAGGGGUGGCCAUUUUGGGAGUAAAGUUUUGCUGGAGAUAUUUUAGGCAUUAACUGAAAAGCUGUUACUAGGGGUGGGGUGCCUGGGUGGCCAAGUCGGUUAAGCAUCCACCUCUCGGUUUCAGCUUGGGUCAUGAUCUCACGGUUUAUGAGCUGUCAUGGCGGAGCUUGCUUGGGAUAUUCUCUCUCUCUCUCUCUCUCUCUCUCUCUCUCUCUGCCCUUCCCUCACUCACACGGUCUCUGUCCCUCUCAAAACAAAUAAGUAAAAAUUAAAAAAAAGACUUUACCAGGUUUUUGAUGAUUUUCUAAUGUCCUGCGCUCUGUGUCAUACGAUGCAAACAGGCCUCUGUGUUUUCAUCUUGUGUUUAUUGCAGGAUGCACCUUUGACAGUGCAGGACGGCUCUUCCCUUUCCAAACAACAACCUUGUGAAUGGCUCUUAAAGCGACUUGGGCGGGAAAAAAAAGAAUUAAGUGUAAAUGCAUAACGUAACUGUCAGCUCUUCUCACUGGCUUGAGUAAAGUAGCGGUCAUGUCCUUCCCAAGAAGUAGAUGCAAGCCCAGAGCCCAUGUUUCUCUUACUUAUUUUUUUUAAUGGCAUAAGCGAGGUCCUUGGAGAAGGAUCGUCAGUAACCGGCACCCUUAGCCAGGGCCGAGAAAUGGAGGGAGGAGGUGCAUGGAGCACUGAGAGAAGUCUGCGCUGUGGGUGGCCCUCGGAAGAGGACAAGGACACUCACGGCAGGAGAGUGCCGUGGGGUCAGGCGGGCAGGGGGCUGCAGCGGAGGCACAGGCUAUGGAGGCCAGGAAGCGUACAGCCCGCGUCUCGAGACGAAGGGGCACCCUCUGGAGGGCUGGUGUCCAGUAGGACUUGUUGUGACACUGGCAACAUUGUGCGGUGCUGUCCAGGAUGGCAGCCACUGGCCACGUGUGGCUCUGGAGCACUGGAAACGUGGCUAGCGUGAAAUCUUGAAUUUUAUUUAAUUUUAAUCAAUUUAAAUGUAAAUGUAAAUAGCGCCAGUGACUUGUGGCCCGUCUCAGGCAUGGUGGAGCUUCAGGACAGUGACUUCUGUGAUGGUAUGUUGAGUAGAUCUGAAGAGGGACACUCACAGAAGGAUGCCCCUCCACCCUGCAAGAGGGGACACCUUCCACUUACAGCCUUCCUGUCCAGCGUUCCCAGGGAAGGUCCAGAACUCAGUCCCUGCCGCCCUGCCCGGGGCCCCAGUGUCUGCUCCUUGCCUCUGGGACGGCAACACCUUUGCUACGUGACUCUUCUGGGGCUGAGCUCCUGCAGCUUCACAUCCAGAGGUCCAGGGUCUCCCACUUGGCACAGGGAUUCCUGGGCUUUCUUGCUUUGGCUUUUGGAGAGAUUACUCUGUCAGAGAAGAUGCUCUUGGGCCCGUGUCUGCCUUUAACCUUGAAAUGAACGCAGAUGUGGAUGAGGUUUGAGAAUUCCUUCACAUCCCUGCAGGGUGGGGAGGGAGGAGAGAUUUGGGGUGGGGGGCGGGGAAUAUCCUGAAGGACUAAACCCAGGCAUAUGAGGUGACAUGAAGAGUCCAGGAUGGUUUUGUGUUCAAAAUGCCGUGUCCUAAAUGCUUACUAUGUAAUAUGUGUAGACUUGGGCUUCAUUUGUUAAAGGUAGCCUAGAUUUGAGUUAAAAGCUGAGUAUAAGCAACUUGGUUAUGAGUCAUCACUGAGAGUAUUUUCAACUACAUGAAAUCAGCUUUUGUUUUCAUUUACACACACCGUGGCCCAGCACAGUAUCCUACACGUCUUAUAGUCGGCCUUAUAUUUGCUGAAUGAAUAAUGCUCCCUCUGUCCCUCCCUCCCUUGCCAGGGUUUCAGACUCACCGUCGUUUGAAUUGAAUCAGGCCCAAUUUGAUGCCAUUUAUUGAAAUUAAGUGGCAUUUUUUUUUCUCCUGAGCGUGUAUCCUCAUAAACAUUGUGCUGAAAGCUAAUGCAGAUUUUCAAAAUGCGAUUUUAAACUCCCUGCCACUGAAUUUCUGCUAAGCCUCCUUUUUACAAAGAACACAUUUUUAAUGUUAUAAAAUGUAGUAAUCAUCUUCAGGUUCCAAAAUAUUAACCAGACAAUGCAUAUGUCUCUAGGGUUUCAUUUUUAAAUAGCACUUUUGUCAUAUUCUGAUUUUCUAUUUCAGGCACUCGUGUGGUCUUAAAUUCGUUUUUAUGGAGGUAGCGAUUCAAUGCAGCAGACAUUUUUAGCUUACCAAAACAGGAUCUUCAGCCUUAAGGAUCCAAAGAUGAAUGAGACCUAGGGCCUGAGCCUGUGCAGAGAAUUCUUUAUAAAGGUCUUGCCUCUGCUGAAAGCCUCCCUCUUGGUUACCUGGGGGAGGUGAAUCGGAGGGAGGUGGAAUAGGUCUCCUGAUGUGGCUUUUAGGAGCCGGGAGACCUGCCACAGUGUAGCUGGGAGGCAGCUGAAGCCCAGAAAUCACAGAAUGUGCCGUACUUUUAGAUGCCAGCGCUCAGGGCCACCUUCCAGUGGGUUUGAUGGAGGGACCUGCCAUUUUCACUGUUAAAGGCAAAAUUAAGCAGUACAGAGGAAUUGGUAUUGAGACACACAAUUAAACUGGAUUCUUCUUCCAGGCAAUGUUGUAAGCUAUUAGGCUUUAGAUUAUUUUCCCCCUUAUCCCAGCAAUUAGAAUUUACGGAUUUGACUGUGAAUAUGCAGAUUUAGGAUGAGAGUGGGGGUUAUCAAAUGCAGAUUUAAAAAGAGCAGAUGCAAUGUAUUAUUACCAAAGAAAGAUUGAAUUAAUCUUAAAACAGGUAAUGGUUACUGCCAUGUGUUUGUUUUUUUUUUUUUAAUUUUUUUUUCCUUCUGCUAGAAAUGAGAAUGAUCACUUCCUUUCCCAUUCAGCACUGUGUCAGGCUGUUGUCAAAGUCCGCUGGGUCUCAGCUUCUGGAGCGUGCUCACCGAAAACCUCCCAUCUGAGGGCAUUGUGCAGUUAUUUACCAGGGCAGCUCUUCUUCUAGGGUCCCACCUGUAGACAGGUGCACCUGCUUAAGGCUUUCUUGGUAUCACCCUGUGCAGUUGCUGCGAAACUUCCAGGGAGCUACCAUUUCCUCACUGCUUCCUGGGGGAGGAGAAGUGGGGAGGGGCAUCUGGAGGUGGAGAGCUUGCCUGUGGUCCUCCACCUGCCUGUCCACCUCCCCCUCUGAAUCCACAGCACCUGGCACGGUCGCCCUGGGGCAGGCAGGGCAUUCCCGUUCUGGCAGGUGCUUCUCCCUCUCCUGCCCCCACCCUGUCCCUCCUCUCUGCUCCUGGGAACCACCCCCUUCCGGGUCUGUCCUGGGUGACGCUGGGCCAAUGGCCCUGUGUACACCCUCCACUCUAGCUCAGCCAGGGCACGUCCUCGGCCCCGUCCAGGGCCCAGCGUGUGCCCCAGGGGCCCGGGCUCCAAUGGCUCCUCUGGGCAGACAGCUGGGAGCUCCCCCAAGAACAGCCCCUUAGGGCAAUGUUUUGGCUUUGGGGUGACUUCAGCAAUGUCCCUGAGAGACGUGGGAAGGGAAGAAGAGUGUUUUGAGUACGACUACCAAGAUGAAGAGAGGAAGCCCACCAGCGAGCGGCAUGAAAGCCUGGACCUCUUGGAAGAGGUUUUAUGUGCUGAAAGAGUUGGCCAGAUGACUAAGACGUAUAAUGACAUAGAUGCUGUCACUCGGCUUCUUGAGGAGAAAGAGCGGGAUUUAGAACUGGCUGCUCGGAUCGGCCAGUCGUUGUUGAAGAAGAACAAGACACUAACGGAGAGGAACGAGCUUCUGGAAGAGCAAGUGGAACACAUCAGGGAGGAGGUGUCCCAGCUCCGGCAUGAGCUGUCCAUGAAGGAUGAGUUGCUGCAAUUCUACGCCAGUGCUGCAGAGGACAGCGAGCCCGAGUCUGUGUGCUCCACCCCGUUGAAGAGGAAUGAGUCAUCCUCCAACGUGCAGAACUACUUUCAUCUGGAUUCUCUUCAGAAGAAGCUGAAGGACCUUGAGGAGGAGAACGUCGUGCUCCGAUCCGAGGCCUGCCAGCUAAAGACGGAGACUAUCACCUACGAAGAGAAGGAACAGCAGCUGGUCAACGACUGUGUGAAGGAGCUGAGGGAUGCCAAUGUGCAGAUUGCCAGUAUCUCAGAGGAGCUGGCCAAGAAGACUGAGGAUGCUGCCCGCCAGCAAGAGGAGAUCACACACCUGCUGUCCCAGAUAGUUGACUUGCAGAAGAAGGCCAAAGCUUGUGCCGUGGAAAAUGAAGAGCUGGUCCAGCACCUGGGGGCGGCUAAGGAUGCCCAGCGGCAGCUCACGGCCGAGCUGCGCGAGCUGGAGGACAAGUACGCGGAGUGCAUGGAGAUGCUUCAUGAGGCACAGGAGGAGCUGAAGAACCUCCGGAACAAGACCAUGCCCAACACCACGUCCCGGCGCUACCACUCCCUGGGCCUGUUCCCCAUGGACUCCUUGGCAGCAGAGAUCGAGGGAACGAUGCGCAAGGAGCUGCAGUUGGAAGAGCCUGAGUCUCCAGACAUCGCUCACCAGAGGCGAGUCUUUGAGACGGUGAGAAACAUCAACCAGGUCGUCAAGCAGAGGUCUCUGACCCCGUCCCCCAUGAACAUCCCUGGCUCCAACCAGUCCUCAGCCGUGAACUCCCUCCUGUCCAGCUGCGUCAGCACCCCCCGGUCUAGCUUCUACGGCAGUGAUGUUGGCAGCAACGUGGUCCUGGACAACAAGACCAACAGCAUCAUCCUGGAAGCAGAGUCAGCUGACCUGGGGAAUGACGAGCGGAGCAAGAAGCCCGGGACGCCGGGCACCCCGGGCUCCCACGACCUGGAAACCGCUCUGCGGCGGCUGUCCCUCCGCCGGGAGAACUACCUCUCGGAGCGGAGGUUCUUCGAGGAGGAGCAGGAGCGGAAGCUCCGGGAGCUGGCGGAGAAGGGCGAGCUGCUCAGCGGCUCCCUCACGCCCACGGAGAGCAUCAUGUCCCUCGGCACCCACUCCCGCCUCUCCGAGUUCACCGGCUUCUCGGGCAUGUCCUUCAGCAGCCGCUCCUACCUGCCCGAGAAACUCCAGAUCGUGAAGCCGCUGGAAGGCUCCGCCACCCUUCACCACUGGCAGCAGUUGGCCCAGCCCCAUCUCGGGGGCAUCCUGGACCCCCGGCCCGGUGUGGUCACCAAGGGCUUCCGGACACUGGACGUUGACCUGGACGAAGUGUACUGCCUUAACGACUUUGAGGAAGACGACACAGGUGACCACAUUUCCCUCCCGGGCCUAGCUACCUCCACGCCAGUUCAGCACCCAGAGACCUCAGCACACCACCCUGGGAAGUGCAUGUCACAGACCAACUCCACCUUCACCUUCACCACAUGUCGUAUCCUGCAUCCUUCAGAUGAGCUCACGCGGGUCACGCCAAGCCUUAACUCGGCUCCAACUCCAGCUUGUGGCGGCACCAGCCACUUGAAGUCCACGCCGGUGGCCACCCCAUGCACUCCACGGAGACUGAGCCUGGCCGAGUCCUUCACUAACACCCGCGAGUCCACGACCACCAUGAGCACGUCUCUGGGGCUGGUGUGGCUGCUGAAGGAGCGGGGCAUCUCCGCGGCCGUAUAUGACCCGCAGAGCUGGGACAGGGCCGGCCGGGGCUCCCUCCUGCACUCCUACACCCCCAGGAUGGCGGUGAUCCCCUCCACCCCACCCAACUCGCCUCUGCAGACACCCACGUCUUCCCCGCCCUCCUUUGAGUUCAAGUGCACGAGCCCUCCCUACGACAACUUCCUGGCUUCCAAGCCGGCCAGCUCCAUCCUGAGGGAGGUGAGGGAGAAGAAGAACGUCCGGAGCAGCGAGAGCCAGACAGACGUGUCCGUCUCCAACCUCAACCUCGUGGACAAAGUCAGGAGGUUUGGCGUGGCCAAAGUGGUGAACUCAGGGCGAGCCCACGUCCCCACCUUGACUGAGGAUCAGGGACCUCUCCUCUGUGGGCCCCCGGGCCCAGCCCAGGCCCUCGUCCCCGGGGGCCUGGUCCCCGAGGGCCUGCCUCUCGGAUGCCCCACGGUCACGAGUGCCAUCGGCGGGCUGCAGCUCAACAGCGGCAUCCGGCGGAACCGCAGCUUCCCCACCAUGGUGGGGUCCAGCAUGCAGAUGAAAGCCCCCGUGACUCUCACCUCGGGCAUCUUGAUGGGUGCUAAGCUCCCCAAACAAACUAGCUUCCGGUGAGGACGGGAGGGGGGCCCUUCCCCUGGAGGAGACCCGUCUUGCUCCUGCCUCCCUCUCUCCCCCGCUGCACUGCGCGUUCUCCCUCUCUCCCCCUCCACCCCCUCCCCUCUUGAGCUAGACAAAUCAACCUCGUGCCUAAUGGGGGAAGAGUGGAGACUGUGUACAGUGUGUACAUAGGACCUGGAGACUUGUAUCCGCCCUGCCCUUCCUCCACAUCCCACGGGAAGGGCCCUGGCUGUCACUGCUGUCACCGGGACUUUGUGCGGCCGGGGAACAGGGGCAGGCGGGCGGCCCUUCCUCCUCCUCUCCUUUGAGAAGCACUGAAACCCCCUAGUCGUUCUUAUCCCAUGGAUAGGAAACCAGUGAAUCUGUGGCUCCCAGCGCUGUGCAUCGCGAGCCGGCACGGGGCACCAUGCCUCUGCCGGCCGGUGUCUCUGGGCGCCUCCCCUCGCUCGCCCCGGAAGCGCCGCAGGAGCCUGGGUCGGUGGCCCCACGCAGCUGAUGUAGCUUUCGGGAGCGCAGGGCUGUUCUUUCUUUCAGGGGCGGCCCGGCUUCCUCAAGACCUUCACUCCUCUGCUUCAACGGAGAGUCGCUUCUUUUUUUUUUGAGGUGGGACUUUUUCUUUCCAUGCCUUCGACCUCUGUCGCCCUUCUCUGUCCCGUAAUCCUUCGUCAGGCCGGAGGUCUGACCUGGAAGAAUGUAUCCACGCUCCCGUCGGCCCUUGCGGCAGCCCCCGUGUGUCCUGCGUGAAGGUUCCGUUGUCUGUGUUUUUAUAGGCAGGGAAGUAAUGGUACGAGGUGGCGCGUCACAGUCCGCGUGCCGUGGUUCCAGGACACCGACACCGUACGGUUUUCCUCAUACCAAACCGCUGCUGAGAGAGCGGCGGGGCUUGGGGACCCCGUGUCCCAGCCCCGAGACACGUUUAACAACGCGAUUAAAAGGAAAGCGGGGGGGGGGGGGGGGGGGGGGGGGGGGGGGGGAAGCCGUCAGCAGUAAAAGGAACCCCAGCCACCCGUACGUAAUACGAAACCAGCUCACGGGAGAAAGGGGGCUGUGGCAGUCGGCUGGUUCCAGUCCUUCCUGGGACGCCCGAGACUGGCCCGCGUGUCUUCACGGAUGUGGUCUUCGUAGGGCCCUCACGUCUCGGACCCGAGCGCUUACCGCAAGGUAUCUUCUCCCUCUCCCGCGAAGGCCUGGGUCUAGAAGAUAGGUGCUCGUGGGAAGAACCGUGCGUGAACGAGGGAGCCUGGUCCUGUUGGGGGCGCUGACGAAGUUCGGACCUUUUAGUUAUUUGUGCGUGCUGCGUUUUAAACCUGCGCUCUCCUUUCCGGUUCCGGCGUGGCUGUGGCCUUCCAGGCCCGGCAGGUAACUUAUUUAUUCUAACCUGAGGACUGCGCCGUCCCUCAGUGUUCCGUGGUCCUUUGGUCCAGCCGUCUGCGGAAGGGUAACGUCACGUGCAGACGAAGUUGUCGCGUUGCCGUCCCCUGUUCCCUGCCCCCUCCCCCAGUGUGUCCAGUUGAGUGAGUGGAAACCCACGCCUGCUGAAGCGUCUUUGAGAAAGUCUCAAAGGAGCAAACGUCAGUCGUCCGAUUUUAGAGUAUUUAUUCUCAGAACACGAAGGUGUGGGUUGUUUCGGUUGUAUGCGUGCACUCACUGCAAGGAGAUUUUUUUUAUUUGAAUGUAUUUUAAAGCAGUAGGUAGAACCACAAAGGAGUAUGAAAACCAUGCAUUGAAUGGACCACUUUGUGUAUUCAGAGAGGAGCCACCCAUCACCACAAAGGAAAUACCAGUGUAAAAAAUCGGCAGUUCGAAGGUUGCAGUACUUAGUGUAGUUCAUGAUCGACCUUGUGCAACCACUACCAAAAGAGCGUGUUGUAAUGCAUCGAAACACAAUACGAUUUCCUUCUCUAAUGAAUAUCAAUAAAAUAAGUUCAAAUGAUGGAAACCA